ACCGAAAUAGCAUUCGAAACAUGAAGUCGCCACUUUCUUUCUUGCUUCUCUUUUCACUCAUCAUGAUUGUUAUAACGAUAGAUGCCAGGCCAAAUCCUAAAGUAUAUUGGGAGGACGCAUUUGUUCGAAGGGGUACUUCAUCGUCACCUCUUCCCACCAAGAAAAGUGAUUGUCACACGUUGGCGGAGACAAGAAGCCAUAGAAAGUCCUCCAACGAAGAAUUCAAAACAAGGCCUGAUAUUUCAGUUGAUGAUAAUGAUGUGAAUCAAGAUAGUUCAAGCAACGAUUUUGAACCAAGGCCAAACAUCUCGGUUUAUGAUGAUGGUGCUUCUUUAAAAGAUAAGAAGAUGUUUGAGGAAGACUUUGAGCCAAGGCCCAACAUCUCAGCUUAUGACAAUGAUGCGAGUUCAAAAAGAAGAAAGACGUUUGAUGAAGAAUUUGAGCCAAGGCCCAACAUCUCAGCUUAUGACAAUGACGCGGGUUCAGAAAGAAAAAAGACGUUUAAGGAAGACUUUGAGCCAAGGCCCAACAUCUCGGCUUAUGACAAUGAUGCAGGUUCAGAAAGAAAAAAGACGUUUGACGAAAAAUUCGAGCCAAGGCCCAACAUCUCGGCUUAUGACAAUGAUGUAAGUUUAAAGGGUACGAAGACCUUUGACAAAGAGUUUGAGCCAAGGCCAAACGUCUCCGUUUAUGACAAUGAUGUUGAUUUAAAAGGUAAGAAGACAUCUAACGAAGAGUUUGAGCCAAGGCCAAACAUCUCUGUUUAUGACAAUGGUGUAGGUUUAAAAGGUAAGAAGACAUUUGACGAAGAAUUUGAGCCAAGGCCAAGCGUCACUGCUUAUGACGAUGGUGUUGGUGUAAAAGGCAAGAAGACGCAUGACAAAGACUUUGAACCAAGACCAAAUGUCUCGGUUUAUGAUAAUUAGUAAUGCAAGUUUAAACAACAAUAAAAUGUUUGAUGAAGACUUUAAGUCGUGGCUGAACUUCUGGUUUAUAGUAAUAAUCAGUCCUUUAUUUGUUAUUCAAGGUUUUAUCCUUAAAAAAAAUAUGAAGUGUGUAUUUAAGUAUGUGAUUGGUGUCAUAUGUGUGAAAGAAUUAGAUUUGAUAAUUCUUUG